UUCGUUGCAGCUGUAUGCGUGUUGGUUACACCAUGGAUACAAGAAAUGUGUGUCAGGAGAUACUUUUGAUCGAGCCGUUUUAUGGUGGUUCUCAUAAACAACUUGUUGAUACCCUAGCUAAUGAUCUUGGAAGAAAAGCUGCUUUAUUUACACUUCCUGCCAAGAAGUGGCACUGGCGAGCAAGAACAUCAGCCUUACAUUUUUCUCGUGUGAUUCCAAAAGGACACAAGUUUAGAGUGCUAUUUGCAAGUUCGGUGCUCAGUCUAGCAGAAUUGGUGGCUCUGCGACCUGAUCUUCUGCCUCUAAAGAAAAUACUUUAUUUUCACGAAAACCAGCUGCUCUAUCCAGUUAGGAAAGAACAAGAAAGGGAUUUUCAGUAUGGAUAUAAUCAGAUUGUUUCUAGUCUUGUGGCAGACACUGUUGUUUUUAAUUCUAAAUUCAACCAAGACUCAUUCCUAACUACCAUCUCUUCGUUCUUCAAGAAAAUGCCUGAUUACCGACCUAAAGGGAUACCUGAAGAACUAAAGUGCAAAUGUCGAGUAAUUUACUUUCCUCUAAUAAAUGCUGAUAUGCUCAAUGGUAUUGAAAGAUCUACAUCUGUUUGUAAAGAACACAAAUCUAUGAAUUCGAAAUAUUUUAAUGACUGUGAAAUAAUUGACACAGGUACUGUCUGUCCAUUGGAAGAAAAUCUUAACUUUGAACUUUAUUCAGAAAGAAAAGAAUGUUUUUCCAAGAAACAAAAUGUAGACAUGGUUAAAACUGUGAUUGAGGACCUUUGUGUUAACACACCAGUAAAUGAGGACCUUUUAUCCAAUACAACAAAUAAUAUGGACCUUUGUGUUAGCACACCAGUAAAUGAGGACCUUUUAUCCAAUACAACAAAUAAUAUGGACCUUCGUGUUAGCACACCAGUAAAUGUGGAUCUUUUCUCCAAUAAAACAAACAAUGAGGACCUUUUCUCUAACACAACAAAAGAUGUAGACCCUUGUGUUAACACACCAGUAAAUGUGGAUGUUUGCUCCAACACACCAAACAAUGAGGACCUUUUCUCUAACACAACAAAAGAUGUAGACCUUUGUGUUAACACACCAGUAAUUACAAGUUCUGGCCUGCAAACUGUUAGAUGCAGAAAACUUCAUAUUGUGUGGCCACACAGAUGGUGAGUUUGAUGCAUUUCAUACACUUUAAACAGUGAACUUUGUGUUAUAUUAGCCACACAGAUGGUGAGUUUGAUGCAUUUGAUACACUUUAAACAGUGAACUUUGUGUUAUAUUAGCCACACAGAUGGUGAGUUUGAUGCAUUUGAUACACUUUAAACAGUGAACUUUGUGUUAUAUUAGCCACACAGAUGGUGAGUUUGAUGCAUUUGAUACAUUUAAACAGUGAACUUUGUGUUAUAUUAGCCACACAGAUGGUGAGUUUGAUGCAUUUGAUACAUUUAAACAGUGAACUUUGUGUUAUAUUAGCCACACAGAUGGUGAGUUUGAUGCAUUUGAUACACUUUAAACAGUGAACUUUGUAUUAUAUUAGCCACACAGGAGGUAGGUUUUGAUACAUCUGAUACAUUCAAACAGUGAACUUUGUGUUAUAUUAGCCACACAGGAGGUAGGAUUUGAUAGAUCUGAUACACUUUAAACAGUGAACUUUGUAUUAUAUUAGCCACACAGGAGGUCGGUUUUGAUAGAUCUGAUGCACUUUAAACAGUGAACUUUGUGUUAUAUUAGCCACACAGUAGGUAGGUUUGAUAGAUCUGAUGCACUUUAAACAGUGAACAUUGUAUUAUAUUAACCACACAGGAGGUAGGUUUUGAUAGAUCUGAUGCACUUUAAACAGUGAACUUUGUGUUAUAUUAGCCACACAGGAGGUAGGUUUUGAUAGAUCUGAUACACUUUAAACAGUGAACUUUGUAUUAUAUUAGCCACACAGGAGGUAGGUUUUGAUAGAUCUGAUGCACUUUAAACAGUGAACUUUGUGUUAUAUUAGCCACACAGGAGGUAGGUUUUAAUAUGUUGUUUAUGGCAUGUGUUCUUGAUGUUUUGGUUAAGGUAAU